CUAAUGUAAAAAAAUGGGAGACUGGAACUUCCUUGGUGGGAUCUUGGAGGAGGUCCAUAUCCACUCCACCAUGGUAGGCAAGAUCUGGCUUACUAUCCUGUUCAUCUUCCGGAUGCUGGUGCUGGGUGUGGCUGCUGAGGAUGUGUGGAACGACGAACAGUCGGACUUCAUCUGCAACACGGAGCAGCCUGGCUGCCGUAACGUCUGCUACGACCAGGCAUUCCCCAUCUCCCUGAUCCGGUACUGGGUGCUCCAGGUGAUCUUUGUGUCCUCGCCCUCCCUGGUGUACAUGGGCCAUGCCAUUUACCAGCUGCGCGCUCUGGAGAAGGAGCGACACUGCAAGAAGGUGGCGCUGCGCCGGGAGCUGGAAGCUGUGGAUGCAGAAAUGGUGGAGGUGAAGAGGAGGAUUGAGAAGGAGAUGAGGCAGUUGGAGCAGGGGAAGCUGAACAAAGCCCCCCUGAGGGGUUCGCUGCUGUGCACCUACGUAGCUCACAUUGUCACUCGCUCAGUGGUGGAGGUCAGCUUCAUGACAGGUCAGUACAUCCUCUACGGACACCGCCUGAACACGCUCUAUAAGUGUGAGAGGGAGCCGUGCCCCAAUGUGGUGGACUGCUUCGUCUCCAGACCCACGGAGAAAACCGUCUUCAUGAUGUUCAUGCAAGCCAUUGCCUGCAUCUCCCUGUUCCUCAGCCUACUGGAGAUCAUGCAUCUGGGCUUCAAGAAAAUCAAGAAGGGCAUCUUGAACUACUAUCCUCACCUCAAGGACGACCUGGAUGACUACUACGUUAGCAAGUCCAAAAAGAACUCUGUUGUGCAUCAGGUGUGUGUUGGAACUUCAGUGGGUCGCAAGAGUACGAUUCCCACUGCUCCCAGUGGAUACACGUUACUGCUGGAGAAGCAGGGCAAUGGACCCAACUACCCCCUCCUCAGUGCUUCCUCUGCCUUCGUCCCAAUUCAAGGGGAUCCCGGUGCAAAGCCGGAGGGCCACAAGGACAUCAAGGAGGGAGUGCCAAGCCCCACGGAGCAGAACAGCAACUCCAACAACACCAGCAGUGAGACACGCUCGCCUCCUAUGGACAAACAUGACGAACCAGAGGAUCUCUCCUCACCCCACCAAGAUGACCUGGAGUGUGGGAGAUCAGAGUACCCCACUCUGCCUGUGGCAGACACCUCCUCCUCCACCAUGUUGUCGGGCAUAGCAAGGAAGACACGGCGGCUCAGUCCACCGUGGAACUGCUCGACUGUGGUUGAGGGGAACUGUUCAGACAGUGGAGACUCCUAUCAUGGAAACAGCAGCAUGAAGCUCCGCAGCAGCUGCGCCGGCCCCAGAGCAAGGAUCGUCUCCAAGUCGGACACGAAGAGGCCGAGCAGGUCCCAGAGCCCAGACUCUGUGGGGGAACUGAGCUCAGUGUCUCGACACAGCCGGGAGAGUAACAGUCCUGUCACUUCUUCACCGAACCGAAGGGUGUCAGCGGCGAGCAGCGGGAGCAGCAGACGAGCCCCAACUGACUUACAAAUUUAAUUUAAAUGUGCUAAAAGUCCUGAUCCAAUCCUUUAUUUAUAUUUUUCUUCCAGUCAGAAGUCUCUAAAAUCUUUAAAGUGGUCUUGUUUAAUUGUUUGCCAGGAUUGUGUUUUUGACUUUGUCUGCUUGUUCUGUCAGUUUCAGAGGAAUGUCUUUUUGUUUGUUGAGGUUACUUCUCUCUGAAUCAUUCAACCCAUCAGCUGGGAUAUGGAGUUACCUAGAUUUCUAAAUGCAACAGCAGUCUAGAUCAACAGUUCUUCAAGAUUUCUGAAGGUCUUCUAGAGUUUUUCUGUGGAGGUUGGUUUGAUUUCUGACUACCACCAGAGGAAUAUUUUUAAAGCCUGAAAUUCUGACCCAA